UGACGUCUGUGGCUCGUGUUUCUGCUGCUGCUUUUUAUACCACAGUGAAGAUGGCCGACGCUCUGAGCAAAGUGCCCGACGUUGAGAUUGAUCCGGAGGGAAAGUUUAAAUACAUUUUAGUGAAUAUAAAGGUUAAAGGUGGAACGGAUAAUAAAGUGAUAGUGAGGGGAACUAAGAGUGCGGAGUACCACAAUCACAUAUUUGAAAAAGUGAAUCCUGCUAUGGAGACUUUGGGAUUGGAGUGCAGUUGUCUUGGAGGAGGCAAGAUUGAGCACAUCAGCAAUGAUAAGAAACUGCACGUGUUUGGGGAGUCUACGGGCUAUGGAAAGGCUGACCAUGCUGUCACAGUGGAAAAGAUCAAAUCUGUCUAUAAAGAUUAUGAAGUCACUAUGGAAUAAAGUAGUACAUUUAAAUUCCUGGUAGAAUGAUUAAAAAUGUACAAUUUAAUAACACUUUACAUAUUAUUCUAUCAUUGUAAAAAAGAUUAUAUAAAUGUUCACACACAAUCCUUUGUUAGCUGUAUUGAAGCAGACCUUUGAUCAAGUACGUUUACAUGCACUCUCAUAAUGCGAUUAUAAUAGGAUUUUGGCAAUAUUGUGAUUACAAUUAACCUUAUGUAAACGCAAUAAUUUGAUCUAAAUAAUGCGAUUAAGCAUAAUCGAAGUUGCAUAUGUGGCGUACGUCAGUUUUAUUCGCAAUAAGAAGGCAUGUAAACACCUUUAUCUCAUUUAUGCUGCUCUGACCAAUGUGCGCAUGCGCUUCUGUUAUCCACCUUAAGUGCAAAUUCAUGGUAAACAUGGCAGUCUGAAGUUUUACCGUCAACACAACUCGCUUCCAGCAGUCUCUGCUCCUUAUUAAAGUCCCCGUGAACCGGAAGUUGCGAUCGUUUUUCCUUUGUAUUCUGAAACAUUUCCGAGUAAAAAGGAAUGUCAAAGGUGAAAAUUGGUGGCCGUGGCUUGCGUUUUUCACUGCGAAUUGAUUGGAUGUGUAAAGACAGGUGUUGCAUUGAUUUUGAAAUGAAACUGGUAGCAGACUGACAGUUGGGGAGAAGUUAAGGGAUGCUCCGGCCAAUGCUGUCUAAUUUAAGUCAUUUCAGAUGGAUAGUAAUUUCAAGGCGGAAGUGCAUUUUCAGAUUUUAACUGAAGAUUAUGAGGGUACAUGAAUUUUAAAAAGAAAAUGACCCACAUUGAUAAGCUAUUUACUAUAAACGCUGCAAUAUUUCAUGAAAAAAUAAGAAUAGUAAUUUUUAAUUUCACAGGGACUAUAAAACGAUAGCCAGUAACAUGCCUACUGUUCCCGGGAGCAUCGUUUGUACUGCGUAUUAUAGCAAAUAAUCAGAAUAAUUAAACUGGCCUUGUUAUCUAACGGUAGGCCUACUGUUUAGCGUGUUGACAAAAUGUAAGUCGCUUAAAAGCGUCUGCCAAAUGAAUAAAUGUAAAACUGCGUGUAAACGGGAGUGAAGAGGUUUGCUCAUGUCAUGUAAACAUGUUACUACGAUUAAUUGGACUUACUCCGAUUAUUGGAAAUAAUCGCAUUAGUGGUGCACAUGUAAAUGAGCUUGAUACACUACACAACGUGUAAUCCGCAGAGAAACUCUGCUUGUGGAGUGAUAAACAUAUCCUGUCUCCAUCAAGGAAUGUGUCUGUUUAGAGACCGGAAAUAGAUGAAAGAGUAUCUCCGAAUGAGUCAUGUUAAUCUCAUACUGGACUGUGUGUCUAUCUAUCAUUCAUUCAUUGAUACUUUCAUUCAUAUUUAAGUAAACCAAACUAUAAUUUUUAUAUUAAAUACUUGGCUCCCUUAAAAUUUUAAUAUAAAAAUCCAUGAUUGUGCAAAGCUUAACACUUACAUAGUUUGAUAUGUGAUAUGUUCAAUAAAACACAUCAGAAACCUAAUUAUAAUAUCCCAAAUUUGAUCAACUGUAUUCUGUAAAAGGGAUUUUUCCAUCCUGUUUUGAAGUCUUCACCAGCUUCCUGCAUCGUGAGACCUUGAAUGAAAGAAUAUGACCCCAUUGUCUGUAAGGCUCACUUUCAUUUAUACACUUCUAAUGGCUGAAAACUAAAUUGUAUAUUAAUCGUUAUAGGUUCUGGCAAGCAUUAGGGUUCUGUCUGUUUACAAUGGCCUUCCCAAAAAGAACAUAGAUGAAUUAGUUAAUAAUUUUUAAGUGUCAGUGCCUCAUUCUAAUAUUGUUUACAUUCAACAUGUCAACAAGAUGAAGAGCUGUGAUUUAUUGAGUUCCAUUUUCCCUGUGAAAUUCCCAUCUUCCUGUGACACGUCGUGAGUCUAUUUGAACAUAAUGGUGCUGUAUUUGGAAGUUCCUGUAGAUAUUAUCUCCAUCAUAACCUUCCCCUAAUGUUUCCUCUAGCAUGUGGCUGGCACAUGUCUUCUCACUUACGGUCAAGGAUGUUAACAAAAAAUAGGUGUCGUUCUAUAAAGUGCAAGUGGUAAUUAAAAGCAGUAUUGGCAGCCAACAUUCUCACCCUUUCUCCAGACAAGAAUAUUUUCGGAACGCCCCAGGUUAAGUGCGUUACGGUAAUUUUAUUGAUGUGUGCUGCAGGACAACUUACAGGAACCACAGGAUCCCUUUUAAAUCCUUAUACAGUCACAAUACAAUUGUGCAGCAUCUUAGUAGGAAAGUCACUUAUUCAUUCAUAACUAAGAGCCUUCCAAAAAGAUAACUUUACUUAUACAAUGUAAUUUAAUCAGAAUAUACAGAUUGUUUUGAGUGAC